AUGGAUCAUAUACCGUCGUUGCCCAAGUCCAUCAAGGGGAACACCGAACUGCUCAUUUGGGUCGACCUUUUCUCGGGAUAUGUGAUUGCAAAGGCUAGCUCCUCUCGGACGGCACAAACAAUAGCGGAGAAUUACGAAGAAUGUGUGUUUCGACGCUUCGGAGCUAGCGAGGCUAUCAGGCACGAUCGAGAACCGGGAUUUAUGUCCGACUUCUUUCGAGCCUUCAGUCGGAUCGUAGGACAAAAACAGCGUGCUACUAUGGCUUACAGGCCACAAGCAAAUGGAACAGCCGAACGAAUGGUGCAAACCCUGACACAUUCGCUCAAGAUAUCGGAUCCGGGGGAUACCCCGUUUUAUCUGAUUCAUGGGUGGGACCCGCGAUCGACUUUGGAGGCUACGCUACCAGUGGGGAAUACGGGGACACGAGAUCGCGAUCCAAAGAGGUGGAGAUACAAAAUCCAAAGACAAUACCAGCGAGCCCGAUCUGCAGUGAACGAUCGUUUACAAGCCGCGAUCCAGGAGCGAGCGGAUCGACACAACGAAGAUCUGGAACCACACGAGAUCGAAGUAGGAGCGCAAGUUUGGCUAUACCUGGACCGAGUUAAAGAGGGAUAUGCGAAGAAGCUAGCGCACAUGUGGCAUGGGCCAUUCCGAGUUGCGGACGUAUGUGGAGAUCAUGCUGUAAAAUUGGAGAUCGCUGGAACCCCAUAUCGGUUAUUUCCGAUUGUACAUAUAUCGAAGCUAAAAAAGGUAAAGACGUUCCCUGAACGCCCGAAGGAUCAGCUUACGAUAGAGGGAUCAGAUCGCUUGGAUUUCGAUGAAGCUCUGCUGCCAGAAGACAGUUGGGAUGGCGAUCUUGAAGAAGGGGAAUACGAAGUAGAGGCAAUAUUGGACGUGCGAUCUGGUAGAAAAACCCGUUAUGGGCGAGUACACCGGCAGUUUCUGGUGAAGUGGAAGGGAUAUCCCGAUCUAAGUUGGGUGGACGAGGCCGAUCUAAGUUGUGGGGCGAUCUUGCAAGAGUUUGAGCGGAACCGAGUGAGUCGAAACCGUUUCGACGUAAUGCAGUCUCAUGAAGGCAAGUCGGACGAACCUUAA